AUGGAUAGUGCAUGUGGUGGUGGCUAUGGUGCAAGCAGCCGGAGGCUAUGGUGGUGGCACCAGAGUCUGAGAGAUGCAAGACCGCGGAGACGGACGGACGCAAGGCGGCGCCGGAGGUCAAACGUGGGGGACCUGGGCGCCCAACCGCCACAGCUAAGGCUGCUGAACAGCAUAUUUAAGCAGGGAUUGCAGGCACCUACGGUGGAGCAGAUGAUAAGUAUUACAGCAGUGCUCAACAUGUACAGUCCUGCAUUGGUCCAGAGCGUAAGUUACUGGUUUCAUAAGGAGAGGGCGAAAAAGAUGCAUGCGGACCAAGAAGACGAAGAUGUCUUAAUUAGCCAUGGUCUUCGUUGGUGCAUCUCUGAGACUCAGCCUCAGCUUCCUCCACCUCGUUCGUCUGCUCCUCUGACUCCCCGUCCUCCUCUUGCUCCUCGUCCUCUUACUCCUCUGAUUCCUCGUCCUCCUGCUCCUCUGACUACUCGUCCUCCUCUUGCUCCUCGUUCUCCUGCUCCUCUGACUCCUCGUCCUCCUCGUGCGUCUCCGAUUGGUUUUCAUGUAGUUGGUUGUAGCUCAUCACACAAUGUACAGCCGCGUGGUAUAAGAAUGACAGAACAUCGCACACCAUCUACAGAGCAUUGUGCACACAGCAACCGCAAAUCUCAGGAUCAGAAAAAAGCUAAAAUCAUUGUUGACCCUAACAACGGUGGACCAACAACAUUACUUCCAUUCCCGACACAACCUUCUAAGCUUCUAGGAGGAACUUCUCAUAGUAUAAGUCGUCAUGAGGAGGCUUCAUCAUCUACCACUACAGCUGCUCCUCCGCCUGUUGUUAUGAAAGGGUUAGAUCUUAACAUUUGA